GGCUCUAUUAGUCCUAUUCAUUUAAUAUGAACACUUAUAAGUAGAAAUCUCCAUAGCAAGUGAAGAUCGAGGUCAAAUGAAAUCUCCAUAGCAAGUGAAGAUCGAGGUCAAAUGAAAUCCCUACGCAAAACUGGAACUCCAGCCCUCCAGUGUUGCAAUGUAUCUCAAAGGUACGGAAGGACCAAGUGCUUUGCAGUCGAUAUUCAAGACACUCCUUCUGAUUCAGUAGCAUACACCGAACUACCUUGCCAUGUUAAGUCCAGGCAACCCAUAACUGCUCGCUGGUGCGGUAAUCCAAGCUAACUCCAUCAUGCUAUCACCUCAAUUAGAAACCUGAAAAGCAAUCUGAGGCAACCCUCCAACUCCAAGGAAUUGCUGUUAAAGGUUAAAUGCAGAGUUGACUUUAGCCCACCAUCACUGAAAUAGAGAAGACCACUUGUCCAGGUAUGAUGAUUGGAAAUACGAGAUCCACACAGGUACACGAUUUCCAACUGUAAGUAAUUUCCAGCCUAGGCCCUAAGACCGAACUGCUAUCUGUCACGUCUUGCAGAUACAUCCUGAAGGGACGUGUAAUGCUUUAAAACAUUCCCAACAGUAGGACCUUCCUCCAAUCUGAUUAGGUAUAAUCCGUAGAUCGUGAUCAAUGUUGUGCACUGUACAGCUGAUCUGAUCUGAUCGAACACUGAUCUGAUCGUUUGUUCCUUCCAACUCCUGGACUAGCUGACCUCGAGGCGAGCAAUUCCGGGUCCGCAACAAAUCGAUUGAGAUGAGAUGCGACGACAGCUGCACUUCGAAUAUGAAUUAUGUGUUUUAUAAUUCGUCGUCCUCCCCUUCCUUCAGCACCCUCAGCCAAUACCCGUUUUGCUGGUGGGACGGCACCUAAGCCUGGCGAUAGCGAAACUAGCGGCAAUGGUGUCGGAGUCUCCGAGUCUCCACGGGCAGCUUCGUGCCCGGGUCCAGCGGUCUCUCCACAAUCUCACUGCUGCUGUACCUGCCUAAUUUUCAUUGCUGCCUAUACUACAAAACCCCGGACCCGCAUGUCGUCCGUCUGUCAACCAAAUUUCUGCGAACUAUCUACUAUUCCAGAAGCAGCGACAGAUGCAUAAGAUCAUAAGCCUUUCCUGUCCUCCCCACUCUACUCUACAGUUGGACUAUUCUCCACUGAAAGUCUACCACGUAUUAAUGAAGGAGCUGGGAUGCUUCAAUUCUUCAAAUUCAAAUAGGUGUCAGAAACACAACCAGCUGCUUCUGUUAUGGCUCAAGAGCCAUUAAAACGCGAUUUCGUAUGUAAAUUCACCGGUCUUUGGCAAACUUCUGCAGACCCGGUGCCAUCGAUCAACAGAUCGAAGCCACCAGGAACUCAACGUGAAGAAAACACUGCCUUGUGACUCGGCUGGAUCGUGCCUUUGCCCGCUGCAAUUUUGAUGAGUCCCAUACAGGGAAAUACCAGAAAAAAAUCUGCAGCCGCGAGAGCUCAGAUCUCUUCACAGAUUCCGCAACGACUCUUCUAUGAACAGGGCGGAAUUUCAAUGGAAUAUUGUGUACCUCCUUCUACCCGAACACUGCGAGCGAGACCGGAAACGCUCUCACGUCUCACAAAGACACAUGCUCUUAAAAACCAGUUUGCAGCAUAUCAAGACCUCAAUUUGCUACCCCUCUCCGCUUCUAAACCUGAGAACGACGAGCUUCCCCUACAAACUGGUUGGUCAGAAGGAAAAAGAAAGGUCCGAUAGCUAAUCGAUUUACUUCCUGUAGGCUCCAAAAAUAACCAGCCGCAUAUAGCGAACCCACCCGGCCAGUCGCUACUAGUCCAAUCAGUACGCCUCAAUUCCUCUCACCACCACGCCCAGUACGCCUCAAUUCCUCUCA